UCCUGCCCGGACUGCUGGAAGCGGCCGCAACGCCAUGUUGGCGAAGUCUCUCAUCUCUGUGAGGAAAAAAUGAUAGAAAACAUACUUGUCGACGAGAAAAGGUAGAUCGCCGUGGGAGGUUGAAGAUCGUGGCGAUUAUUUAUUUUAAAAGAAACGAACCGAGCCGGAUCCGCGGAGGUUCCGGACGGGCGAGGGAGGCUAAACCUCCCACCGUCCCCAUGAAUAGCACCGCUGAUCCGAACAGCGACUUUCCAUGAAAAAAAGACGUUUGUGUUGCUAUUCGAGCUUCGUUAUCCCACUUCGUUAAAGGGGAUUUGGGGCCUGCUUCAAGAAUCUGCUAGGCUUGCUCAAUGUAUGCAAGCUAGGCGCUGUUUGUAUCAGUAUUUAUAGAGGUAUUGUUUUUAUUUGUUGAUUUUUUUACGAUGAGUUUGCCACCGAAAGUGGUUCCCAAACCCGCCGCUGUCGCAGUUAGCGGACCUGGAAGUGGCCCCUCUCCGUCGAGCCAACUGCGGGCUACCCUGACCUCCGUGUCUCUGCCGCCGGGAGCCCCAACAGCUCCUCAGCCCGGCGCUGUACCACCACCUCAAAUCCCACGGGUUCAGCCAUCACUGGACGAGAGGAUCUUCCCCACACAGCCUGGAGUUGCUGCAGUAUACAGCGUACCCAGGCAUGCUGGCCCUCCUUACACUGCUCACGACAUCACAAAGGGACACCCUAGCUUGGCGGGCACACCGCCCGGUCAUGCCCACUCCCCAGCGCUCUCUCAGGUAUCAGUACCCACAGCUUCCCCAUAUCGCUACCCUAAGGGCUGGGAGGCAGGCGGAGGGACUCCUUACAACCCUGGACAAAAUGCUGGCUCCGCCCCUUUAGUGUAUUCUCCACAGACGCAACCAAUGAAUGCACAGCCACAGAGUCGCCCAUUUGCUACGGGCCCUCGACCAACCCACCAUCAGUUUUUCCAGAGGACACAGAUGCAGACUGCGAGGCCCACUAUCCCCACAAACACACCCUCCAUACGGCCCGGCUCGCAGACCCCCACAGCAGCCGUCUACCAAACCAACCAACCAAUCAUGAUGACCAUGGCACCCAUGCCUUUCCAGUCUCCACAUGCUGCACAGUACUACAUCCCACAGUAUCGGCACAGUACGCCCUACGUGGGACCUCCUCAGCAGUAUUCAGUACAGCCUCCAGGGUCUGGCACCUUCUAUCCUGGUCCUGGGCCGGGGGAGUACCCUGCCCCUUAUCAUCCCCUCAGGUAUCACCCGCCUGUCUCGCCCUCUGUCCCCACCCCUGUCCCCGCAGCUGGUCCGCCCUACUACCCAGGACAGACUGUGUACCCCCCCUCACCCCCCAUCAUAGUGCCUACACCACAGCAACCUCCACCAGCUAAGCGGGAGAAAAAACCAUCCUCCCAGAUCCGUAUCCGUGACCCCAAUCAGGGUGGCCGGGACAUCACAGAGGAGAUCAUGGCGGGAGGUUCAGGGAGCAGGAAUUCAACACCUCCUGUCGGCCCUCCCUCCUCUACGCCCACACCCCCACAGCAGCAGCUGAGCAGCAGCCAGACUCCAGAGCAGCAGCAGCCGCAGCCACAGCCUCCUCAGCCACAGCAGGCCCAUUCUGGAGGCUACGCGCUGGAGACCCCACAGCUACCACAACCACCGCAGCCCCAACAGCCACAGCAGCCACAGCAGCCGCUGACCACCGGGGCCUCGGACACCAAACCAGGGCCAGAUGAAACGCCAAAACUGGAGCCAGUGGUCCAGAAGUCUUCCUCGCCUGUGCUCGUGCAGCCUGAAGCUCCUGUGGAGAGACUUGAGGCCGUUGCUUCUGUGCCUGAGCCCUCAUCUACUGUCGAACCAGAGCUUCCCUUUCCCGCUGGGAUGCCCGCCUCCGACACUCUCCCUCUUUCAGUGGCCAUUAAAAGUGAACGACCCGCGGUUAGGGAGUCCACUUCUUCAGCCUCUUCUCCUUCCCCAUCACUCGGGGAGCACAAACCCUCCUUGGCGUCACCUCAGACUCCCAACACAGACAAGCCUCUCUCAGAUGCCCCACGGACUCUGGCUGCCUCACCUGCUCCAGCUCCCAAGGCUUUGAACGGCCUUGCAGAUUCUGUGACAGAGCUGGAACCCCCAGCUCAUGAGCCUUCUCCUCUGCCCUCAGCUUCACUCCAGCACCCGGUCUCUGCUCCGGCCUACAGAGAUCCCUCCUCCUCGGAAACUUUGCCCUCUGACGUGAGGCCAGAGGUGCCUAUUGCUGCUGCGCUCGGCCCCAUGGCUCCUGUGUCUGUGGUGCCAGUCACCCUGACCUCAAGCCCUGCCCCUGCUCUGCCCGUCAUGCUCCCCCCAGGCCUUCCGCCUCUUGUGCAGGCCACGACAGAGGCAGACGAGCCGAGCAAAUCCUUAGACACUAAAGAACUUGUCUCCAGACCAGGAAUGGAGGUGCAUGGAGGCAUUUCUGACAGCAAAACAGAGUCCCAACAGCAAGCACUCACCAGGAGGAGUCCCACUACAGUAAAUCAGACUGCUUCUGCUAUACCAAAGACCUGGAGGAAACCAAAUGAAGGGAUCUGUGCUGGAGAAGUUUCUCAGAAGGAGGAUGAGGACGAACCCCGAUCAGUAGACCACCCUGCAGGAGACCAGAUUCUGCAUUCGGCUCCUCUAAGCAGCAGCCCUGUGCCUCUGCCAUCAUCAGUCUUCAGCUCCAGUCCCGUCACAGCUCCCGCCUGCAGCCCCGAGGCCGAUGGAAAGCCUGCCGCCCUGGAGGAGAAUGGUGAGGCGGAGAUGGAGCCCAUGAGGAAUGGAGCAGGCCACACUUCAGAGACAGAGAGCAGUGACAGCGGGGCCACACCUGGGGACAAGGAGAACUCCACAGGGGCUCCACAAGACAUUGAAGAUCUGGCUGAGUCCAGUGGGAAGAGGCAGUAUAACAGGGACUUCUUGUUGGGCUUCCAGUUCAUGCCCGCCUGCAUACAGAAGCCUGAGGGACUCCCACCCAUCAGUGACGUGGUGCUGGACAAGAUGAACCAAAACAAGCUGCCGUCUCGAGUGGUGGAUUCCAGAGCAAUCUCCAGAGGACCCGACUUCACACCUGCCUUUGCAGAUUUUGGUCGUCAGAUGACCGGAGGACGAGGAGCUGCACUUAUGAACAUUAGGGCCCAGCGGCCACCACCCAGAAAGAUCAUCAUGUCAGUGAACGACGACGUUCAGUUGAAAAAGUCAGAGAAUGCCUGGAAGCCUGGAAUGAAGAGGGAGGGUCCGACAGAGGAUCCUGAGAUGCAAAAAACACAAGAACUCUUUAGGAAAGUCCGCAGCAUCCUGAACAAGCUAACGCCUCAGAAGUUCAACCAGCUGAUGAAGCAGGUGACAGACCUGACCAUCGACACAGAGGAGAGGCUGAAAGGUGUCAUCGACCUGGUCUUUGAGAAGGCCAUUGAUGAGCCUAGCUUCUCUGUGGCCUACGGAAACAUGUGCCGCUGCCUCGCAACGCUCAAAGUGCCCAUGACAGACAAGCCCAACACCACAGUGAACUUUCGCAAGCUGCUGCUAAACCGCUGCCAGAAGGAGUUUGAGAAAGACAAGGUGGACGAUGUGGUGUUUGAGAGGAAGCAGAAAGAGCUGGACUCUGCUGCAUCGGCGACAGAGCGUGACAGACUACAAGAAGAGCUGGAAGAGGCCAAGGACAAGGCCCGACGGCGCUCCAUCGGGAACAUCAAGUUCAUCGGGGAGCUCUUUAAGCUGAAGAUGUUAACAGAAGCCAUCAUGCACGACUGUGUUGUGAAGCUGCUAAAGAACCAUGACGAGGAGUCAUUGGAGUGUCUGUGCAGGCUGCUCACCACCAUCGGCAAAGACUUGGACUUUGAGAAGGCCAAGCCACGGAUGGAUCAGUAUUUCAAUCAGAUGGAAAAAAUUGUCAAGGAGAGGAAGACGUCCUCUCGGAUACGGUUCAUGUUGCAGGAUGUUAUAGACCUGAGAUUGCACAACUGGGUGUCGAGGAGAGCUGACCAGGGCCCAAAAACCAUCGAGCAGAUCCACAAGGAGGCAAAGAUUGAGGAGCAGGAGGAGCAGAGAAAAGUGCACCAGCAGCUGCUCUCCAAGGACAGCAAGAGACGGCCAGAUCCCAGGGAUCAGAGGGAUCAGCGCACACAGAGAGAAGAGACCUGGAACACUGUGCCCAUGACCAAGAACAGCAGGACCAUCGACCCCACCAAGAUCCCAAAGAUCUCCAAGCCUCAAAUGGAUGAGAAGAUCCAGUUGGGCCCCCGGGCUCAGGUCACGUGGGUGAAGGGCAGCAGUGGAGGAGCCAAAGCCAGCGACUCCGAACAAUCACGGACAGCUGGCCUCAAUCGUUACUCUGCGCUGCAAUCAACACCUUCACCUCAACCCUCCACCACUCCUCCACAGAACCAGGACUUUGACUCCAGGAGAACUCUGGGAAGCACUCGUAGCAGCACAGGAAGGGAACGCAAUGAGAAGCCGCUGAUAUCAGUUCCUCCAUCGUCUCGGCCCGGAUCUUUCAUCAGGGGCAGCAGUUCAAAGGAGCUGCUGGACAGUCAAAACCCUGAAGAGUCACGAAGAGACCGAGGACGAGAAGGAGCCGAGCCCCGGAGGCUGAGCGUCACAGAGGACAAAUCUGAGACUGAGCGCAGCAGAGUCAGAGAGUCUGUAAAACCCGAGCCAGUGGUGCAGAUCCCGGACAGACCGGCUCUGUCUGAGGAAGAGCUGGAGAGGAAGUCCAAAUCCAUCAUUGACGAGUUCCUGUACAUUAACGACUACAAGGAGGCGGUUCAGUGUGUGGACGAGCUUCAGUUGGGCUCUCAGCUUCACAUCUUUGUGCGCGUCGGGGUGGAGUCGACUCUGGAACGCAGUCAGACUACACGGGACCACAUGGGCCAGCUGCUCUUCAAGCUACUGCAGCAGGGAUUCCUGCCCAAACACCAGUUCUGCAAAGGGUUUGCAGAGACGCUGGAGCAGGCGGAUGACAUGGCCAUCGACAUUCCCCACAUCUGGCUGUACCUGGCCGAGCUGCUCAGCCCUGUGCUGAGGGAAGGGGGCUUCUCUAUGAGAGAGCUCUUUAGUGAAUUAAGCAAACCUUUGCUUCCUGUGGGAAGAGCUGGGAUCUUAAUUUCUGAAAUACUGCACAUACUAUGCAAACAAAUGAGCCAUAGGACUGUAGGUUCCUUGUGGAGGGAAUCUGGCCUCAACUGGACCGACUUCCUGCCAGAGGGAGAGGACGUCCAGGCUUUCAUCUCACAACAUAAGCUCCAGUUCGUUGUGGCAGACGACUCCAACUCUGAGGCGUCUCAGUGUAAAAGGAUUUUGUCUCCUGAGGAGCUGAGUCAGCAGCUAGAGAGACUACUCCUGGAGGACAUGGCCAGUGACGAGCAGAUCUUUGACUGGGUAGAGGCAAACCUGGAUGAAUCUCAGAUGAGCUCGUCUCCCUUUCUGAGGGCUUUGAUGACAGCUGUGUGUAAGGCAGCAGUAAAAGACGAUAACACCAACUGUCGAGUGGACACGGCCAUCAUCCAGAGGAGAUUGCCCGUUUUACUCAAGUACCUUAACUCAGACACUGAGCGACAGCUGCAAGCACUUUAUGCACUUCAGGCGCUGAUCGUCGCCCUCGAUCAGCCUCCAAAUCUUCUCCGGAUGUUCUUUGACUGUCUGUAUGACGAGGACGUCAUUUCGGAGGACGCUUUCUACAAAUGGGAAUCGAGCAAAGACCCUGCCGAGCAGCAUGGUAAGGGUGUGGCCCUCAAGUCUGUCACGGCCUUCUUCACCUGGCUGCGUGAAGCAGAGGAGGAGUCGGAAGAUAAUUGACGAGAGGCGGACACCCGAAGGACUCGACGUAGUAGAACUGCAUCCUUACGGCAGAACAAAUUUAAAAAACAAACUUUCAAAAUGGGUGUGGGCAGGACGACAUGUUUACGGCUGGAAUUUUUUUCUGCGGUACGGUUCUGAAACAUGCCGCCAUUUUGAGUUUGGAUUCCAACGGCGGAAGCACUAAAUACCUGUAUUAUACAUAGAAAAUAUUUUUGUUUUAAAUUUUAACUUACUUUUCUUUUGUUACUUUUUCAGAAGAGACUUAAAGAUACAUAGGUUCUGGACUCUUUAAUUUAUUAUUUUUUUAAGGACUGCAAAUAUGAAAGUUAUUUAACAUUUGCAGAGGCUCACAAAUGAGAACAUGACAACAGAAAUAACAAUAUAAUUAAUUAUAAUAACAAAAUAAUAAUUGUGAAAUAAAUAGCCUCCCUGGAUUCCACACUGUUUGGUUUAAAACAGGGUAAAACAAAGUUAUUUUGGGAUGAAGGGGAAGCAGCGAUAAAAAGGAGCUGAUGCAAAGAAACUAUUAACGUUGUCUGUGUAUGACGUUUGAAGUCAAAGGUUUUGUCCUGAUAACCAGGAAGUGUUACCCUCAGCCUCAGCUUGCUCUGCGUUGUACAUACGCCUCAUGAGAGGUAGAGGUAUGCAUUCAAGAAGCGAUGCAAGUCAGUGCACAGAACUGUAAAAACAAACGCAGACGAACAAAGCGGAUACAUGAGCAAAAAUGCAACUUUAAAAAGCAAAUGGCCAGGGUCGCUGAACAUGAACAUGCUUGUAAUACUUCAGACCUACAGAGCAGAUUAAAGCUUGUAAAUACAUUAAAGACA